ACUUAAAACGUGUGAGGGUCUCGUGAAGCGGAGUUCCGCUGCUUCCAACCAGUUCAGAGAGCACCGCAGUCAUCACCCUGAACCCGUCAGACUAAGUGGAUCAACAGUGCCUCUAUGUGGUGAGUCUCUCUUGGAGUGACGAUGGCCGAGAGCUCGCACUGUUUCUACUGCCGGGAGGACCUUGGGGGGAAGAGGUUUGUCCGCAACGAAGGCAGGCCGGUGUGCGUCCGCUGCCACACCAAGUUCUGCGCCAACUCCUGCGCCGAGUGCCAUCGACCAAUCCCUGUUGAAUCAAAGGAGCUCAGCCAUAAGGGCCGGUAUUGGCAUGAGGAGUGUUUCCGUUGUGCAAAGUGUUACAAGCCUCUGGCUAAGGAGCCCUUCAGCACCAAGGAUGACCGCAUCAUGUGCGGGAAGUGCUGCUCCAGAGAGGAUGCUCCACGCUGCCAUGGCUGCUAUAAAGCAAUACUCGCUGGUACAGAGAGUGUGGAGUACAAAGGGAACUCCUGGCACGACGAAUGUUUUACCUGUUUUAACUGUAAACGGACAAUAGGAUCGCUGAGUUUCCUCUCCAAAGGAAGUGACGUUUACUGUAGCCCCUGCUAUGACAAGAAGUUUGCCAAACAAUGCGUCUGCUGCAAAAAGGCUAUAACCUCUGGAGGAUUGAACUACCAGGACCAGCCGUGGCACAGCCACUGUUUUGUGUGCAGCUCGUGCUCAAAACCUCUAGCAGGGUCCAGUUUCACCAACCACCAGGACCAGGUCUUCUGUGUCGACUGCUACAAGAGCUCCGUGGCAAAGAAAUGCAGCGGCUGCCAAAACCCCAUCACAGGUUUUGGUAAAGGAGUGAAUGUGGUGAACUAUGAGGGCAGCUCCUGGCAUGAAUACUGCUUCAACUGUAAGAGAUGCUCCCUCAGUCUGUCCAACAAGCGCUUCGUAGCCAAGGGGAAGGACAUCCUCUGUGCCGGCUGUGGCAACAAGUAGUGAUGAAGAGCCUGGUCGUCAUCAUCAACAGUGGUUUAUAGUCAUUAUGUCUUUUUGUUUCUUUAUUUUUACCUAAAGGGUUAGAUUCCCCAUUUCAAUAUUCUUUUUACUGCUAAGCGUGAGUUUUUUGGGAGAUUACCCAUGAAGUGAUAAAAACAUUGGGACUAAAAUGUCAUUUGUGUCCAGUGUUGAUCAUUUGCUUUGAUGCUGCAUGGUAACACAUACAGUGCUGGAUGAUGGUGACCUGCUGUGUCCUAAAGAUAAAUAGUAUGCAAGUCUGGUUUCCUGUAGGAGGCUUGUAUCAUAUAACAUAUGAAAACACAAUCAGCAAACUACAGCUAAAAUAAAUGAACAACAAAUGAAUACAUUACAUUACUAAAAUAUUAAGUAGAUCAAAUGACACUUUAUAUGAGUCUACAAGUCCUAUGAACAUUUUUAUUAUGAAAAGGGCACAUUUUUCUACUCAAUAUGGAUUUUCUAAUGAGCUGAUGGUUGUGAGUCAAUGCUGACAUUCAACACAGUGCAUGCUAACGUGUUAGCAUAGAGCUAGAGGGUACCAUGUGAUUUUUAAAGUUGUUUUAAUUGUAUUUUUAUUAUAUUUUAGCACAGAAUAAGUGCUUCUAAUAAUUGCUUUACUGUCUACUUUUUUCCAUUUUUGAAAGGUGAUAUUUUCCUAAGACCAAAAGCGUUUUUAAUUUUUUUAAAUAUUGUAAUUGCUCAUUUCCAAGGGGCUUAUUAUAUGUUUUGAGUAAGUAAACUUACAGUAUAUGCACUUUUCUUAACCAAUUUCCC